GGAGGGAGGAAGGUGUCAAAGAGCGAAGUGUGUUGUAUGUUUGGAACGGUCGCCGAAAGUUUUCGGUGUACGGUGUCCAGUGUGUCCAGACGCACGUAUGUAGGAGCAAGGAGUGGCUGCUGCUGCUGGUGGCCGACCGUCCAAGGAAGAGAGAAGAAAGAGAGAAAGGAGAGAGGAGGAUCGUGCGCGCCUCAUGGCCCUGUUGUUUAUUGGCCCGUCGUGAUCACGAAGAAGAGAAGAGAUCUCCGAGUGACUGUGCUCUUGUGUUUUGGUGAAAAAUAACGAAGUGGUGAUCGGUGCUCGAUUGUUCUUCUCUACGGUUCAGUGCUACGUGGGGUUUUCUUUUUUGGGGGAGAGGCACGCUCGCUGGAGGAUCGGAAUAGAGGAAAAGAGAACGGCACAGUUCGUGGGGGAGAGAGAAAGCGAGAUAGAGAGAAAGAGAGGGAGAGAGUGUGAGAGUGAGAGGGAAGAAUAGCAAGAUAGAAAUAGAGAUAGAGGUAGAAGAAGAGAGAGAGGGAGAGAAAGAGAGAGAGAGAGAAAGAGGAAGGCAGAGUGAGAAGAAGAAGUAAACUUAUAGAGGAGAAGGAGAAAGGGUGAUUGGAAGACCCGGCUGGCGAUCCGAAUUCGCGGAUUCGACACGCCGCGGUUGCCGAUCCAUAAUAUGGCGUACAAGUUUCGCGAAGAGAUCGUGGGAAAGAGGUUUCUCUCGGUGAGUGGUUUCACCAAGCUAAAGGUGAAUAAGAUUAGUGAGUGGGGGUGGCGUGCGGGGGUAAUUCGUGCUGCCAGUCACAGGGAUAACAGCUGUCAUGAUCUUCAGAUCCUCGUAGAAUACGACGACGUGGAGUGGCAAAGGAGGGAAUGGCUAUCGCCGCACAGGGACUCGGUGUUCUCGUUCUUCCUGGUGGAGAAGGGUCUGUGCUGGGCCGAGCGGCCUGAUCCAAGGCAUGCCAGCCUCAUCGCCAUCGAUCACCACAAUCACGCGAAUAAUAACCACCACCAUCACCGUAUCAACGGGAAGCUGCUGAGGGGCGCCACAGCUGUCGCCAACACGGUCGCCUGGCCGGCUCUCACGUUUUAUCCGCUGGUGGCGCGUGCAGAGUUGCCGGAAGACGCGAUGCCUCUCGAAUUCAUGCAAGAUCGGAGGCUGGACUUUGUCGAUUACUCGAAGCUGAAGCCGUUUACCCAGGACUGGGAGCUUACGAAAGGCUCGGUGCCUUGGGCGAGCGCCGUCAGGCGAUGGGCAGAGAUGCAGGACGGGCAAAGGAUCCUGCUCACCACGCCGAGCGUUCUGGUCGGCUUCAGGGUCGAAGUUUAUCGGGCCGAGGGCACCACGCAAUGGUACACUGCCGUCAUCGUUGGUUACAACGAGUCGACCAAGGAUUUGACCGUCACCGAUGACACAGUUCUCGAGGACCACAACGAGGACCCCAGCCUAGUACAAAUGCGGUUGAUCGGCGACGGAGUCGUGGAGAGCAUCAUGAGAGGCGAGGUCGUCGGCAUGACACCGAGGAGGUCGAGGUCAUCGACUGCUCUGACGCACGCGCUUGUUGUGCCGAGACCUGGAAGGAGGCCCCGAGGACGUCCUGGGAACGCCACACAGUUGCACACAGCGCCUAGGAUACAAAGCCCUAUUUCUCAGCAUCUCGAGAAAGAGAAGAACUCUGCGCGCAACAGCCGGCGGCGACGGGUGAGCGAGGGUGGUGGAGGCGGGAGCCGCGAGAAGGAGGCAGCGGUAGCAGCGGGCGAGGGUGGGAACGUAUCGUCGUGCCGGCAGUCGGAGGACAGGGAGAAUAAGGGCCCCGCGUCGUCGGGCAGGCCCGGCAAUCGCGUGCCACGGCCCGUCUUGGUUGCGGAGGAGGCGAACAACACCGCCUCCAAGCUCCGGAAACGCGGCACCGCGGUCAAGAGCCCGAUCGAGAAUCAAAGACCCGUGAGACGGAGGCCGAGGCGACUCUCCUCCGGUUGCCAGGAGACGAGGACAGAGGCGGCCGCCGCCGUCGUCGUUGCUGCUGCUGCCGCCGCCGCUGCUGCUGCUGCUGCUGCUACUGAACAGGAGGAGGAGGAGGAGGACGACGAAGAGGAGGAGGACGAAGAAGAAGAAGAGGAAGAAGACGAGGAAGAGGAAGAGGAUAUCGAGCAACAACAGCAGCGCAACGUAAAAUCGUCGUCCGAGAAGGAGGAGGACGAGGACGAAGAGGAGGAGGAACGAUUGGGCGGCAGAUCCGAGGCGGAGAACCGUGGCGAGCAGGAGAAGGAGGACGGGGGAGGAGGAGGAGGAGGAGGAGAGCGUUGCUGCGAUCCUCUGACCAAGAGGCUCAGGACAAGUCCUGUCGCUGCUGCUAGAAAGCAGCCCAGGCCGGAGAGGAGGAAAGGAGGGAAAGGUUGUUGCGACGAGGAGGCAGCGUCCGAUCUCGAGGAAACGGAAGAGGAGGAAAGGAAGGCAGAGGACGAGGAGGAGGAGAAGGAGAGAGGGGGGAGGGUCGAGAAGAAGCUAGAGGAGGACGAGGAGAGCCAGUCGAGGGAGAGGGACAGGGAGCCGGAGCCACCGCCUCCGAACAAAGUAGAUCCGGGGGGCGACACCGUUCGAUUUAACGCCGCCGGUCGGAAGGAGGAGGAGGAGGGGGAGAGGCGGCAGCAGCAGCAGCAGCAGAAUCGGAGGCAGCAGGUGUUGGUGGUGAAUGGAUCGUUGCUCGACUCGUCGUCGUCGUCGUCGUCGUCGUCGGCCCUCGUCGUCGUCGAGGAGAGCGGCGCCUCCUCGCCCCUCGAUCCCGACGCCUCGGCCCCUCGGCCGUUGAAAUCGGCUUGUUGCACCGUCGAGUCGAGGGCGAGCGCCAAGCCAGGGGGAGGCUGCGUCCUCGAAGGCCAGGCGGAGGCGGCGGAGGAGGAGGAGGAGGAGGAGGAGGAGGAGGAGGAGGGGGAGAGCGAGGACGGGGAGGACGGGGAGGAGGGUUCGGCGGAGGAGCGCGACCGGGGGAGGCGGCGGAGGCGGAGGAGGAGGAGGAGGAGGAAGGGACAGGGGGAGAAGGAGGAGGAGGAGGAUCGGGAGCAGGAAGCGCGGGAAGAGCAGCGGCAGCAGCAGGAGGAGGAGGAGGAAGAGUCGCGGAGAGCCGAGGAGGUGACUACCGAGGUAGGCACGGAGGAUAGCGUGGGUAGCGCGAGCGGCGCGAGGGCGGCGAGCGUGGAAUCGGUGGUCGAGCUGCUGGAGUCGAGCAGUCAGGACUCAGGCUCCGUGCUGGAGAGGCUGAGUCCGCUUAGUGGCAGCGGCGGCGGCGGCGGCGGCGGCGGCGGCGGCGGCUCUGGCAGGCAGAGCCUGCUCCUGGAGCAGCAACGGGAGCAGGAACGGAAUCGGCACAACGAGAGCCCUGUCAUUCUAGCCGAGAGGCUGAACAAGCCGCCACCGCCGGUACCCGGUCACCAUCACCAUCACCUUCAACAGUACCAUCAGCACCAUCAUCACACGCCCCCUCACCACCACCACCAACAGCAACGUUACUCGACCGGUAGUCCCGUGAUACAUCACCAUUCUCAGCAGCAGCAACAGCAACAGCAACAACAGCAGCAACAGCAGCAACAGUUGCACCAGGUAGCGAACAGCGGGCACCAUCAAGCGCAGCAUCAGCAACAGUCGCAGCAUCAUCACCAGCUGACCCCCUCGAGCCUGCUCGAGGUGCAACAGCAGUCGCACGCAUCCAGGGGCGGCGAUGAAGCCGGCCUCAUGGAAGUGGAGGCCGGGGCCGGUAUACCUGGAAGCGGCGUGCUCAGCGGCGUGCCAGCGGCGGUCGGGAUUCGGGCGGCGGUCGGAGGUGUGGCCGGCGGCGGAGCGGCGAGCGGCGCGUAUGGGGACAGCGGGUCGGACAGCGGGGUGAGCUCGUUGAGGAGCGCCGGGUCCGGGGACGAGAGGAGCGGGAGCAGGAGUUCGGCGCUCAGCGUGGACGAGGCGACCAACUCGUCGACGCCCGCCGCGGCCACCACGCCUGCAAGGGUCUGGCACGUGCAGAGCGUUCAGCACACCUCGCUGCUCAUGGCCCAUCCUCAGCCGCCCCCCACCGCCGGCCCGAGCUCGGCGGCCGCGGCGGCCGCGACCGCUCCGCCGGUCGGCUACCAGAGCCCGGCACCUCCGCCCGGUCACCACCAUCCCGCCGUCGCGUCCGAGAUGCUGUGGCGGUCGCAGAGGUACCCGCCGUUGCCCCACUCGUUGCUCGGACCCGCCCAGCCCACCACCGAGGAGAUCGUCGAGAGGGAGAGGAUACUUCGGGAGCGGCGAGAAGCGGAAGCUCGGCUGGAGAAGCGUGAACGAGAAAGAGAGGCCAAGAUGGAAAGGGAGAGGCUGGAGAAGCAAAGGGCCGCCGAGCAGGCAGUUCACAAACACUUCGAGGAGUCCCUAAGGCUGGCGCAACAAAAGGUGUCUUAUGCUCCGCAGAGAAACAUGCAGUCGACCUCGAUGGCGUGGAACUCGUUCCUCCCGUUGCCGCCGCCAGGAAGCAGAACGCACGCGGCGCCGCAUUCCGGGAUGACGGCGCAUGUGGGCCAUCAUCAUCCGGGGACAGGUGCAGCGGUCACGCAUCCGGUCACUGUCGCUCAGCAACAGCAACGGGAGCGGGAGGAGCGGGAGCGGGAGGCGAGGGAGCGGGACGCGAGGGAGCAACGGCAACGUGAAACGGAAAAUCUGGGGAUGAGGGAACACCACCUGGUCGCGGCCGAGAGAUUGCACAGACAGGCCGAGGCCAGAGAUCACGUUGCCGCUCAACAAAGAGCCGCCUAUUACGCAGCCACUGCGCCUCCGACUCAACAGGUGUCUCGACCCUCGAGCGUGCCCGGCAAAGUCGAUUACCCACCACCGCCAGCGCACUCGAGAACCUCGAAGUCGUCGCUUCCCGUCAGUAGUCUUCACGAGAAACCGCCGCCUGUGGUCGGGCCAUCGCACAGCUCCCUGCCGAAGGUGGAGCCUAACGUCGGCCUGUUCAGUUAUUCGACGUAUCAGCCACAGUCGUCGUAUAUGCACGACAUCAAAGUGAAGAGCGACGUAGGGCAGCCGCACAAGUCGUUGCCGAGCAAGAGUGGUCUAGCCGGGGGCCUCGAGAGGGAUCAUCACGGGCGGGAAGUUCUGCAAAAUCCACCGUCGUUGUUACAGGAUCACAAGAGUUCGGUGAUCGUGAAGAACGAGGGGCGGGAGUUGCCGAAGGUGGCGGCGUCCCAGCAACACUCAUCGAGCCCGAAGAUCAUGCCGUAUCUGAACGUGCAAUCCGUUCCACCUCAACACAAACCGUACGAGUACAGGAGUCCAACGCAGAGCCCCCACCAUCUACACCAUUUGGACGGUCUACAGACAGCCAAGAGCAUACCUCAAAGUCAUCACAGAAGCAGUAGCGGGUCCACGACCACGACGCAGUUACCCAGCCCUCACGGGCAUCCACCGCAUUCGCACAAUCGACAGUCACCGCACGCCCAGCAUCCUCAUCAGCCACCGCAUCCAUCGCCGCCCGAGCCGCGUUAUCUUACCAGGCCGGAACCGGGCCUACCCUACGCUACUGCCAAGUCCUCGUAUCCGUAUCCGCAUCCGCAUCCGCCCACGGCAUCGCCGACCUCGCAUUACGCCACGCCGGCUGGCUCGAAGCCGAAAGUCAGCAGUCCAGCGCCGCCCCACAUCUACGGAAAACCGAAUUCCGGUAUCAUGACCGGGACCCCGGUCUGCAGGGCGUCCGAACCGGCGGUCGCGGCCCCGAUACCGCUCACCUCGAAGGCCGGUAGCUCGCCUUACCAGCAAGUGCCUCACCACCACGGGGCCCCGCCUCCACCUUUGCCGCCACCCGCGCACAGCAGGUCCAUCUACGAUUCAAGGGGGUACACGAGCUCGAUGCCGGCCGCCAAACUACCGCCGCCUCCUCUUCACGGCUCUCCCCCGACCGCCGCCUCGGCGCCGCUCUCCAGGCCCAUCGCGCAUCCCGCCCAUCACACGAGUCCCCACCAACAGCCCGGCCAGACGGUGCAGCACGCGCAGCCGCAGUUGAACGCGUCGUCGUUCCAAACGCAACCGCUCGAUCUUGGAAUCGAGAGAUCCGGAUCGCCGAAGAGAAAAGCGCCGACCCCCUCGUUGACCGAGAAUUCUGGCCAACCGGUUUCCCUCGAGGUCUGCAAAAAACGCAGGACGGAGGAGCCGCAGCCGUUGUCGCUUCAAUGCGUCGGCCCACCCGUGCUCUCGAGAGCGAGCGAGCCGAGCCCGUUGAUCGCCUCGGCAGCGACUUCGAUCACGACCGUGGUUAAUACCACGGUGGCUCUGUUGGCCCAAUCCAAUACGCAAACGACGCAGGAACGCACCGUGGCAGCAGUCAGUCCGACGCCCCGGACAGCGAGCGGAGACGGAUCCGUGAGGCCAGCCAGCACGGGCAGCGUUAGCUCUUUGAAUCCGACGGUUAGCGCGGCUCCUAGCCCGGCACCUAUACCGAGUCCAGCGCCCUCUACGGCGCCGAGUCCUGCGCCCAGCGCCCCCGGCACUCCAGCCAAAGCUAACCCUAGCACGGUAGACAGCGAGAAAUCGAACAGUCCUGCUCCCAGACCGCCGAGCAGCACCAGUUACCCGGUUCACAAGUUGAAGAAGGCCUGGCUGCAAAGGCAUUCGGGCGAGGACGGGACGGAAGACACGACCGGUGUUGUGGGUAGCGGGUCUUGCGUCACUUUACCUAUGAAUAUCUCCCAAGCACCGUCGCAGUCGGUGUUGAACAACAAAGAGCGCGACACCUCGAACGUUUCCGGCAACACGACGACCACCUGUUUGCCCAGCGCUGUCAAUUCCAUUCACAAUAUCGGCAGCAUGGCGGUGAACAGCAUCAACAAGAGCAAAGUUACCGCGAAAAGCAGCCGUAAAUCGGCGAACAAAGAAUCGUUAAACGGGCACGCGACAGACACGAAAACGUUACAAGAAGAUUCUUCUAGCAGCGACCCGGAACGGAAGUCGCCGCCUAAAAGGAAGCCACCCAAGGUAAAACGAAAGAAGGGCGCAGCACGGAGGCAGCAAACGACCGCGGAAGAUCAGCGGAGGCGAAAGGAAGAUAAACAAGGAGGAGGGGCUGGUGUGGGCAGUGAAUCUAGUAACGAGAGCGAGGCUGGUUCUGCCAGCGAUACGAGUGAACAGUUGGGUUCCAUUCAACCUACAUCGAGGGUGCGGCAUACCACGGCCAAUUCCAACAAUUCCUCGGGAAACGGGAACAACAAGGAACCAAGGAAACGAGGUAGGAGACCAAAGACUACGAAAGGUAAUGAACUAGGUGGAGAAGAUCAGCAACCUCGUCAAAAGAAAGAGCGUAGGGACGACAGUGCGAGCGGUGGUAACAGUGGGCCAGGCGGGAGUGGUGGUAGAGGUGAUCCCUUUCGUAGACCGCCGAUAUCGCAAUUGAAAAAAACUGGUGAUAGUUGGCUGCAAGACGGCGCUUGUUUCGAAGUAGCUCCAAAGUUGGCUAAAUGUCGUGAGUGCAGAUGGACACCGCACCAGCGCUCCAAAAAUCUUCCACAAAAUAUUUUCUGCAGAUUUUAUGCAUUCCGUAGAUUACGGUACACGAAAAACGGACAAUUGGCGAUAGCAGGAUUUAGCGACCCUCACAAAGACGCAUCUGAGGUAGAUCUUCGGUUAUGGUUACCAGGAAAGGAAAGUUCGGAUAGCAAGAAAGACGAUAAACCCGACAAGAACGACAAAGAGAAGGGGGACAAAGAAGAUCUAGAUUUGGAAAUGGCUCACAGAUUACUCCGUCAAGUUGGGGAUCAGUUUUGUGAUCUUUUGCAUCAAGAAAAGGAUGCUCUCCAACAACACAUGGCAGAAGCAAGUUCGGGACUUGUAGACGGAACAGUCGCUUGGAAGAGAGUGGUCCAAGGUGUCCGAGAGAUGUGCGACGUCUGUGAAACGACCUUGUUUAAUUACCAUUGGGCUUGCGGAAAAUGUGGCUUCGUUGUGUGCAUCGAUUGUUACAAAGGACGCAAGAAUGGCACGAUCAAGAUAUGGGGAGAGAGCGGAAAGGAUAGGGACGACUUCUCGUGGCUUUUAUGCACGAAUAGACAAGUGCACGAACCAGAGCGACUUAUGCUUACUCAAAUCAUUGCUGGCGACAGCCUGAUACGUCUUGGCCAACGUUUGCACGAGUGCCGUGCGGAGUGGGGGAUACCCCAGCAUUGCGGUUGCUCGUUGGUCGUUCAAACUCCCGCCAACGAGUAUCUGCGGAACAUGAUAAAGGGUGACACGGUACCCGUGUUGAAUGGUAACGUUAAGCAGGAGAUGAAGGAGGAGAAGAAGGUGAACGAGUCGAACGGGUCGUCGGAGGGUAAAACGAACGGGGAAGACAAAAACUCGCCGUUGAACUGGCUGGCCGACGUUGCGUUGCAGAAUCAGGACAAGAACGAGAGCGGUUCCAGCUCGGACUCGGACGAGGAUCGGGACGGUAAUUAUUCGACGUUGAGGGAGUUGCUGAUACGGCCGUCCCACAAGUCGAAUGGCAGCGGUUCCAGAUCGAAUUCGCCGACCAACAAUUCCGGGGGCAACGUUAACGUAACACCCGGCAACAACGCGCCGCAGAACAACGUGGUCGCGAAGUCGGGGAAAAAGUCGAAGAUGGACACGUUGGACGAGGUGAUAUCGAGCGUCAUCGAGCACAGCGUGAAAAAGGAGAGGGAGGAUGAGCUGGACGACGAGAAGCCGAGGGAGUUGAAGCAUUUCGUGAGACGGUACAAGUGGACGCAGAAGGGGAGGGAACCGUUGCCUAUCCGUAUCAUGACCCUGACCGAGAGCAAGAGCCUUUACCCGGACGUGCCCCACUCCUGGCUCUGCGAUGGAAAAUUGCUCAGGUUAAACGAUCCGAACAAUCCAAACAAUUACAGGAUAUUUCAAGAUCAAUGGAAACGCGGGCAACCGGUGAUCGUGUCGGACGUUGCCAAGUUGUUGGACAUGAGCCUCUGGCAUCCCGACUCGUUCGCCAGGGAUUUUGGGGACGAGAAGAACGAUUUGAUCAAUUGCAUGACCGGGAAUCUGGUACCGAAUCAACCGAUGCGCAAGUUUUGGGAAGGAUUCGAACAUUUCUCGAAAAGGUUGAAGGACGAGAGAGGGAAUCCUAUGUUGUUGAAGUUGAAGGAUUGGCCCCCCGGCGAAGAUUUUGCGGAACUGUUGCCGUCGAGGUUCGCCGAUUUGAUGAAGGUUUUGCCGUUGUCGGAGUACACGCAUAGGAACGGAAGACUGAACUUGGCCAGUCGUUUGCCAGACUGUUUCGUGAGGCCCGACUUGGGGCCCAAAAUGUACAACGCUUACGGAUCUGCCCUUCACCCCAACAAAGGCACCACUAACCUCCACCUGGAUAUCUCUGAUGCGGUUAACGUUAUGGUUUACGUGGGUAUCCCGAAAGAUGCCGAUAACGACGAACACGUCAAAGAAGCAUUACGAGCGAUAGACGAAGCCGGCUGUGAUAUAUUGACACGCCGACGUGUCCGCGAACGGGGAGAGGCACCGGGCGCGUUGUGGCAUAUUUACGCAGCUCGAGACGCCGACAAAAUAAGAGAUCUGUUGAACGCUGUCGCGUUGGAGCGUGGGGCUCGUUUGGAACCGCAUCACGAUCCAAUCCACGAUCAGAGUUGUUAUCUCGACGGUCCUUUGCGAGAAAGAUUGUACCGCGAAUACGGCGUCGAAGGAUACGCCAUUGUACAGUGCCUGGGCGAUGCAGUGUUCGUGCCGGCCGGUGCUCCGCACCAAGUCCGUAACCUUCACAAUUGUAUAAAGGUAGCCGAGGAUUUCGUGUCGCCGGAGAAUGUGUCGCAUUGCUUCCAUCUAACGCAAGAGUUCCGCGCGUUGUCCGACACGCACACGAACCACGAGGACAAGUUGCAGAUCAAGAAUAUAAUUUAUCACGCCGUGAAAGAUUCUCUGGCCGUGUUGAGCAACGUGAAGGAGGAGACUCUCAACAAGUUGAAGUCGAAUAACGAGAUAAAGAAGGAGGAGACGUAGCCCUAGGCCCCCUGUCGCGGUCGCAAGAGCCGUUGAGAUCUUUCUUUGAUUGAGAGAAAAAAAAAAAAAAUGUCUCGCUACUACUCGCAUCAGUGAGCGGC